AUGGCCGCCGGCGACGUCGCCACCGUCUUCCUGGAGAUGAGCCUCGGCACCCGCCUCGCCGUCUCAUUCCCCGCCGCAUCCACCACCGUCGCCGACCUCAAGCGCAGAGUGAGUCAUGAGCACGCCGCAUGUUUCCCCAACUAUGGCCAGAUCGCCGUCCAAUCCGUCAAGGUCGACCAGGGAGGCUCGUGGUUCCACCUCGCCGACUCCAUGGCCGUCCGGGAUGCGUUCCAGUUCCACGGGGCCAACGAAACCUGGCACCUCCAAGUAGAUGCUCUGCCUCACGCUCAGCAUCUCGACCAAGGAUUGGCCACCGAGGGACACUCCAAGGAUUCCUCUGCUGCUCACUCUGAACCAAGCUGUGAGAUGCUGGCUGACCAGGUUAAAAUUGAAGUUGGAGCGGACUCUGAACCAAGCUGUGAAAUGCUGACUGAUCAGCUUAAAGUUGAAGUUGGAGCGGAGGAGCCAUUGGUAGCCAAGGGCAAAGGAAGCAGCAACGGGGGUGAUCCAAAGGGAUCGAAGGAAGCAGAGGCCACAUCAACAGAACAGGGGGCAUGUGAGAGGAAAAGGCUGCGGCCAAGGACCAGAGUUGGCAAAACACCGGUCACUAAGCGGGCGAACAGCAGCGGCAGUUCGGAGUCGGAGGAGAUGGACAUCAACACCGUCGGCGUCUACGCGCCGCCGUCGCAGUUCGUCGUCAUGCUCAAGGAAUGCCACUUUGUCACCAAGAACGGGCAGUACCUGGUGGGAGAGUCCCUUAGAGCAUUACUAAACGUGCCGCGGGAGUUCAGCCUGGCGCAUGGGUACGCGGAGAGGAAGAAGGUGCUGCUGCGGAUGGGGGGCGAGUCGUGGACGGUGAACCUGAAGAACGUCCACAAUGUGCGUCGCAAGGCCCGCACGUCGUUCCGGUACGGGUGGCACCAGUUCUGCGUCGACAACCACCUCCGCGUCGGCGAGACCUGCUUCUUCCGAGCGCUCGGCCAAGGCGGCGGCGACCGCCAUGUGCUCAAGGUGGAGGUGCGCAGGCUAGAUGGCAGCUACACCAGCUGA